UCUCACUCUCCCUUCUACAUAUCCAUAUAUAUAUAUAUACACAUACAUACAGAAAAAAUGUAUACAGAGAAAACGGGUUAUGGAGAGAGAAAGAAGGAGAAGUUUCUCGUGUCUUUGAGAAUCGCAACACGCAGUAGGAGAGAUGAAAACCUCCCAAACAAAACUACUCGUAACCAAAUGCUUUCUCUUCUCUCUCCUCCUUUCUGCAACUUUCCUCUUGCUUUUCUCUCUCCAGACAAACGCCGGCCCACCACCCUCCGCCGGAGCUGAUCUCCGAAUCCGGCCCGGCUACUCCUCCUACGAAGCCUACGUACAGAAACAGCUCGACAAAACUUUAAACCCGAAGCUCCGCAAGAUAUGGACCACCCGAGACUGGGACCGGAAGAUCCAAGUCUUCGCUAACUUCUUCCACGGAUUGAAACAGAAACAGCUAUUGUUCAACGAUUCGAAGGCGCUCUGUAUCGGGGCCCGAGUCGGGCAGGAGGUGGAAGCGCUGAGGCGGGUCGGAGUGUCGGACUCGGUGGGUAUUGAUCUUGUGCCGUACCCACCGCUUGUUCUGAAGGGGGACUUCCAUCACCAGCCGUUCGAUAACGAGACUUUUGAUUUCGAGUUCUCGAACGUGUUCGACCAUGCGCUGUAUCCGAACCAGUUCGUCGGGGAGAUCGAACGGACGUUGAAGCCCGGCGGGGUGUGUGUCUUACACGUGGCGUUGUCUAGACGGUCUGAUAAGUAUUCGGCUAAUGAUUUGUAUAGUGUUACGCCGUUAAAGUCGUUAUUUCGCCGGUCGGAGUUGGUUCAUGUCCGGACUGUUGAUGGAUUCGGUUUGGACACCGAAGUAGUUUUCCGGAAACGAAUUUGAUCCAACGGUCCUGAUUGUUGUUCUUUGAAAAUUCCUUCUGUUUGUAAUAGUUGUGAUGAUCAAGUGUACGUAGCUGCAGUUUUUACUGCUCAUAUAUAAAUAAAAUACUCUAUUACGUA